AGUUCUGCAGCAUUUUCUGUGAGUGCAGCACGAUAGUCAGGCCACAGGGAACUGCUGGUCUCAUGGGCAGAGCGGGGGGAUUCGAUGCUGAUUCCACCCAGCACGGGAGCCAAAAGGAGAAAUGGGUGUCUUUGUACAAGAGGCACCUCUGCAGUUAAUGAUGGGUGCAGAGGGAAACUGCUCCAGCGAGCAGGUGGGACAGGGAAUCGCAGCGAGAAGGGGGCUGGUAGAGAGCAUCUCUCUGACAAAGUCAUUCUUCAGGCCUCCCCGGCUGCUGUUUCACCCAGCUGCUGCUGCUCGGAGAGCAACGUGGGGCUUUCCCGCAGCGCAGAGCUCAAACUGACGCACGCAAAAAGCCAUCCCUGAAGAGCCGACGACCCCGUGACAGCGCCCGCCCCAGCCGAGCCCAAGGUUUGGGCAUCCCACGCCCCUCCACACUUUGCCUUCUCUUCCCGGGCGAGCCUUGCAUCCUGCUCGGGCCCAGCCCCGCGGGGCAGCCCGCCAGGCUCCUUAGCAUGCGGCUCCUGUUGCCGAGGAGCAGCGAGAAGCCGCGGUCGGCGGCUGCUCCGCGUCGGUGCGGCGUGCCCUCCAGCCCGGCUCGCCAUAGGAUUUCUCGUACGGGAUAACGCCCAGCGGGACCGCGUCCCACCGACGCUUCGCUGAUAAGCCUGCUGCCAAGGCUCCAGCGCUAGGACAAAAGAGGAGAUUUCUCCUCCUGGCAGGCUUUUUCUGCCUUGAAUGACAGAGAGGGCUCCCGAGGCUCCUUCCCCGCCCGAGUUGGGACACAAUGGAGCUUUUCAGGCUGAGUCUGAGUUGCAUUUGCCUCCUGCCUUGGCUUGAGGUAGCAGAGGGACAAGGCUUCCUCAUCAGAAACAUCCGUCUGGAAAAAUGCAUCCAUGUGUCCCAUCGCGAGGCUGACGGCAUCGGCCUGGCUGAGUGCGUGCCACACUCCCAGCAGCAGUGGUGGAGCUGGGACCCAGCCAGCGGGACCAUCACCAGCCUGCAGACCAAGCAGUGCUUGUCAGCCCACAAGACACGGGAGUAUGGCCAGGCCAAGAUGGAGCCCUGCAGGAACGGGGAACACCAAGUGUGGGCCUGCAGCAAGAAGGGGCACUUGACUCUGCAAAGCUUGGGCUUCCACCUCAGCACCAAGGAUGGAGGCCACAAGGUCUUUGUGUCAAGGGAGAAGGACAAAUUCAGCAGGUGGAAGACUUUGGAGGAUGAAACCGUCUGUGCUGCUGCCCAGAGAGCUGCUUCGAGACCUGCUGAACCAAUGCGACGAGUUGUAGACACACGGGUGUGGAUAUAUGAAAGUAAAACCAUCGAUUCAUCAAAGACUGAUGCCAUGCAGAGGGAAUCUUCUGUGGGCUUCACUGACCCAUCUCUGGUGAAUAAAUUGAACAGCACGGUGGUUCCUGUGAAGACUAAACAGGCAUACCUCCCAGAACACGAGGAUGUGCUGUACAAUCACUCUAAAAAGCAUCAUGGAAAUCGAGGGAAAACCACUGGGGCUAGGCUUGCAGGCACCAACUGGAAGACGGCAAUGCUAGUUCUCAGCCCCUUGGCAUUCAUACUGGGAUUAAUAAUACUGACACUCAAUGUUCAUUACAACAAGAAGAAGAAAAUCCUCUCUGCUCUGAAGAACCCCCCAGCCAGCAGCAGCAGAGCUGACUUACAGGAGACGUCUCCCUUACGACGAUGCCCCCAGCCAUAUCUCCCACCAUCUCGUUCCCCUUCCUUGCGGCAUGGAGAGAUAUUCAUUGAGUGGAAAGAUGGAACCAUCACUCCUCUUUUCGAUAACGCCAACUAUCAGGUGGACUAGCACCAAAAUAACAUAGCUGCUGUUUCACUGCUUGUUACUCUUCACCAUUCUCACCAAGAAGUGAACCUCCUUCCAGGCAUUACCAUUUUGUUUGGGGGAUGUAAGAGCUGGUUUUUUUUUUUUUUUUUCCUCUUUUUCUUUAAACACAGAAAUCACCCUAUCCAGCACAAGGUUGAAGCAAGCAGAGCAGACUUUUGUUUAGGCACCCAAUGCCUAAAUGCUUGGCUUUUCUAGUUAACAAAGCCCAAAUAUAGCAAAAUGAAGCUGGCAUCUUGCCAACUUCAACCAUCUAUUGUCCUGAAUUUCUAGUUACUGAGCAUAUGAGAAAGUAAAUCCUUGGAGACAAAGUAUAAUGCAAGCUCUGGUGAUCUUUAAAUACUUUUUAAGUUUAAACUAGCUGCCAACAGUCACAGAAGGCUGUUGAUUACUUUGUCAAUGUGUGAACUUAACUAAUAAGCACUGUCUUCAGGACUCAAAGAUGAGCCUCCUCUAUCUGCCAAAAUACUCCCCCCACUAAGUUAACACAGCAAAUCAUUUUUCAAAGUUAAAAAACUGCACUCCAUUCCUCUCUGCAUCACUGCAAGAGUCCUGCUGAGUAUCUGUCUCUCAAAACAUUUAUGUGCUUAAAAUCUACUGAACCUCAUUAUAGUACACAUCCUCUUCCUUUAUGUAGAAUGACAAGUUAAUGGUGCUGCUUGUUGGGGAUAUUAUCUGGCCAUUUUAUACCAGUUUCAGUCUGACUUUCUGUAGUCACAUGCAAUAGUCAAUGAAUAGAUAUACUGCUCCCACUUUGAGCAGGAAUAGUUUUUGUUGUUAGUGUUUCAUGGUUUUUUUUUUUGUAGAAAGGAGACACUCUUCAGCUUCUGCACUUCUUGCACAAUUAUCUGUGACCUGUCAUUAUCUGUGACCUGUCAUGCUCAAUUCUGAUCUUUACUCAGUCAAACUUGCAAUGUCUUAGCAUGUUCCUGAUAUUCAUGAGUUUAUGCCUUCCUUCUUGCUGAUCUUGUAACAUUGUAAACUGUAAUCACAGCUAUAAAUCAGGAAAUAUCUGGAGAAAUACUAACACCAGCACAUUACAGAUAUGAGCCUGCAUCACUAUAUUUAUUCAGUAGUGCAAAAGAAACUUAACAUUAACAUUUCUCACUUUUUCCUAAGUGAAGAUACGCAAUUUCAGUGGAGCUUUGACUUCACAAAAUCACGGAAUGCUGAGGUUGGCAGGACCUCUAGCUCCUCCUGGUCCAACCAGGACAAGUGGGGACACUCAGAAAGGGUUGGCCAGAACCACAUCCAGGCAGCUGCUGAAGAUCUCCAAGGAGGAGAUUCUACGACCUCUGUGGGCAACGUGUGCUAAUGCUCUGUCACUCAAACAGCACAGAAGUGUUUUCCAAUGCUCAGACAGAGCUUUUUGCGUUUCAGUUUGUGCCUGUUGCCUUUCAUCCUAGCGCUGGGUACAACAGAAAAAAGAGCCUGACUCCAUCCCCUUUGCCUGCACCCAUGCAGUUCUCUACAGUUUGAUUUCAUUUAAUCUAUGGCAGAUAGAAGUUCUCCAAGGAAUUCGUCUCUGACACAGACCUCCAGCCUGGUGAAAAGUUAACUGCUAUAUUAUUAAGAGCUUGGCUGGUCUCAAAAAAAAAAAACCAAAACAAA